GCUUUUCCCAGGCAGACGUGGCAGUCUCUACCGCAAAAAAAUAAACGCAGAUAAGCAAGUCAUGGGGUGCAGACAGCAGAGAGUGCUUCAGUUUUUGACCUUCGUUUCUUGCCUCUUGGCCUUCACUUCAUCUGCUGCAGGACAGAUCAGACUAGCUGGGUCUGGAUCCACUCAGUGCUCUGGAAGAGUUGAAAUCUAUCACAGUGGCUCCUGGGGAACGGUCUGUGAUGAUCGCUGGGACUUAAAUGAUGCUAAGGUGGUCUGUAGACAGCUGGGCUGUGGGGCAGCAUUGGAGGUCACUUCAUCUGCUCGCUUUGGUCAAGGAAGUGGACAAAUCUGGCUUGAUGAUGUGGCCUGUUCAGGAAGUGAGAGUUCUCUAACUGAGUGUGGACACAAUGGAUUUGGGAAACACAACUGUAACCAUGGUGAGGAUGCUGGUGUCGUCUGUUCAGUGAGCCUUCCAAAGCCCAGGAUCUCUCUGAAUAGAGAUAAGGUUGCCUGGGGUGAAGAUGUCAUCAUUACUUGUUCGAUCUUAUCCGAGUUCUCUGGUGGAACUUUCAUCCUCAAGAAGACCUCAGGCACUUUCAGCCAGACUGCAUCCUCAAGUUCCACAUCUGCUACCUUCAGUAUCCACAAAGUGGACUUAGAUCAUAACGGCUCGUACCAGUGUCAGCAUAAGAAAACCAUUUCAGAGCAAAACUUUUCGUCCCCCCUCAGUGAUGCUGUCAGACUCUCUGUUAAUGUGAGUUUCCCAAAACCCCAUAUCACCAUAAAUCCUGUUGGUGAAGUCACCUGGGGUCGGAACAUUGCAAUCACUUGUUCAAUCUCCACUCAGGUUUUGGGUGGAUUGUUCAUUCUGAAGAAAACAUCAGAUUCAUUUAUAAGGACCCAAACUUCUAGUACAAACUCUGCAACAUUCAAUAUCCUUAAAGUGAACUUUGAUAACGAGGGAUCGUACCAGUGUCAGUAUCAGAAAAUGGGCUCAGGUCUUGAAUUUAACUCCCCACCAAGUGACUCUGGUAGGCUCUCUGUGACAGUGAGACUACAGAGGCCCAGCAUCUCCUUGAUGUCUCCUAAUGCAGGACUUGUCUGGGGUCCUGAAGGUGCACAAAUCACCAGGGGUUACAGCUUCAUCCUCACCUGUUCCAUUAACUCCACAUUUUCCAGUGGACAUUUUAUUCUGAGCUUCUCUGGCUCCAACCUCACAGAGCCAGCAGUCAACAACUCAGCCUCCUUUAGUUUCCCUGUAGCUGAGUAUGAAAAUCAGGGCAACUACAGCUGUGUGUACGAGGUCACAGUGUCCACACGGACAUUCAGAUCUGCUGCAACAGCACCGAUCAGUGUCAUCAUUAAAUUGUCUUUGAUGCUGCUGUUGUCCUCGGUAGCUGUUGGAAUCCUGCUGCUGCUCCUGCUGCUGCUGUUAGUGGUUCUCAUCAGGAGAAGACAACGACGAGCCAAGGAGCCUCUAGCUUUCAUCCACAGUCAAAUUGUUGACCAAGUCGGGAAUGCUUACCAGUGGGGAGACAGUGAGGGUGAUGAAGACGAUGCGCAGGACUAUGUGAAUGUUGAUCUAAUGGACACUAAUGUAAAAAUGAAAGGGGGAGCUGCAGGAGUGGAUGAAGAGGGAAGCAAUGACUAUGAGGAGCCAGUGUGUAAUGAUGAUCAUGAUUACAAGAAAGCAGGCCCCAAUUGCAUGAAGGCCUAUGUGAGUGUAAGUGAUCACAGAGAAGAUGAAGAUGAUGUAACUAGUGAUGAAGAAGACAACUAUGAGAAUGUAUCCCCACCCUCGCUGUAUGUAUCACCACCACCACCACCAGGUGUAGAUAAUGAUGAUGAAGAAGAAACUAGUGAUGAAGAGGACAACUAUGAGAAUGUAUCCCCACCCUCGCUUGGUGUACAUAAUGAUGAAGAAGAAGAAAGUAGUGAUGAUGAAGAGGACAACUAUGAGAAUGUAUCUUGACUAUCAGCAGUUCAUCAUCAUUGAUAAUAACUUGACCUAAAAUACAACUGCAACCAAAAAAUCUUUUGGCCAAUAUGUUUAAUUAGUUAGCUUGGUUUCCCGUAAUUGUAACAUACUACAUAAUAUAAAAAUAUAUAGAUGCCUUUUAUAUAGAUAUAAAAGGUAGACUUGCCUUCUGGGUCUGAAAGGUGAUGCCAUUGUGGAAGCCACUUAGACAUGAAUUUUGUUUCUAAUGGCCAACAGGAGGAGACUGCUUUUGUUGCAAAGGUGCGAUCUUGUAUGGAGGUCUGUGGCUUCCUUGCUGUUUGACCUCAUGACCUUAAAACCUUUCUGAUGUGUUUAUGGCCUCAAUUGCUAGGUUCAAGUUUAAAAUACUGAACACACAUGACUUUGUAAAUAAUCAACAACAACAACAACAAUCUUUAUUUAUAGAGCACAUUUAAAAACCAACGGCAUGCCAAAGUGCUUAACAUAAAACAAAUUAACACAAGUAUAAUCAAAAUCAUAAAAACAAAAAAUAAAAGUGUAAAAUUAUGUUCACAGGAAAAAGCCACCAAUAGAAAAAAGUAUAACUAUAGCACAUAACUAUAGCACAAUAUUACUAUGCCAUCAAAACACAAUGGCGAUAUGACAUGCACAGCGCAAAUAAAAGCAUGAUAGGAAAAUUAAUAAAAUAAAUCACUGCAAACAAGGCCAGCAUUUAACCGGUAGAAAAAGCAAGAUUAAACAAAUACGCUUUAAGCCGUGAUUUAAAAGAUUGAAUAGAGUCAGACGCCCGGAUGCCAAUCGGAAGGUUGUUCCACAACUCUGGUGCAGCCAGAGCAAACGCUCGAUCACCUCUAGACUUCAGCCGAGAUCUAGGCUGCACCAACAGUAACUGUGAGGAUGAUCUUAAAGCCCUAGCAGAAACAUAUGAGCUUAGAAGUUCCUUAAGAUAGCUCGGUGCUAUGUUGUUAGUGAUUUUAAAAGUAAACAGCAGAAUUUUAAAUUGGAUACGGUAUUUCACAGGCAACCAGUGCAAAUCAGCUAGGACGGGAGUAAUGUGGGCAAACUUCCUAGUUUUGGUUAGAAUGCGUGCAGCAGCAUUUUGGACUGUCUGUAAUCUAUGAAGGAGGGCAGAGUGGAGACCAAAAUAGAGUGAAUUGCAGUAAUCCAGCCUCGAAGUUACAAAGGCAUGGAUGAGCUUUUCCAGGUCUUUAUGCGGGAUAUACUGCCUGGCCUUAGAAAUAAGGCGGAGUUGGUAAAAACUAGAUCUAACAACAGCAGACACUUGUUUAUCAAGUUUAAAAGAGCUGUCAAGUAACACGCCCAGAUUCCUAACAGUGUCGGAAAAGGAACUAGUGAGAAAACCAAAAGCAUCACGAAGUUUGGCACGGAGAACGUUACUGCCAAAGACCACAAUUUCAGUUUUCUUAUCAUUGAGGAUAAGAGUAUUUGCCAGGAGCCAUUGCUUGACCUCACACAUGCACUCUCAAAAACAAUUCAAGGACAAAGCUAGGUCAUCAUUUAACUCAAAGUAGAUCUGAUAGCGAUGUGAUAUUUCUCAAAGAUAGUGCUUAAAGGAAGCAUGUACAAUGAGAACAGAGUAGGGCCUAACACAGAUCCCUGAGGGACACCACAGCAGACAGGUACAGCGGAGGAAGAGGAAGUGGCCAAAUGAACCAAGGAGAGCCAAUUGGAGAGGUAUGAUUUAAACCAAUUCAGGGCAGUACCCUUGAUGCCUACAGUGUGCUCGAGUCUCGCCAAUAGGAUGUUAUGAUCAACCAUAUCGAAUGCCGACGAUAGAUCCAAUAGCACUAGGACCGAGGAGCGUCCAUUAUCGGCCAUUAUUAGAAGGUCAUUAAGAACUCGGAGCAGCGUACAUUAGAGUCAAAAGAAGUGUAAAGCAGGGUAAUCUUUAUCAUGAGAUUCACAAGUUGCUUGCUUCUGAUUGGGCUCAGUUUCUCAGUCAGAUCUGCAACAUGUUCAUGGUGCCCAGUUUUAAAACACCCAGACCAAAAUGGCAAAAUUGCUCAGCUUGAGGCUUCGCAGUAGGUGAUGUCAGCCAUGGGUGGGUUUAUGCAUACUUUAUAAACAUUCUAAGAUGAUCCCUUAAAACUUUCUUCUAAUGUUAAAAUUUUAGAAUUUCAACAAUUUGAAUAUUUUCUAUGUAGUGUAAGAAUUUAUUAGCUGCCCUAAAUAUUAAAUUCACCUGUUCUAGCUUUUUAGCCAUGACUGUGAAGAUCUCAACAUCAAAAACCUGUUUUAGCCUUUUUUUCUAUUCUUUGUAUAACCUCAGUUAAGCUUAUUGGCCUGAAAUUUGCAGAAACCCUUGAUUUACAAACAAAGCUUAAUAGACCAAAAAACUCUAUAUCUUAAUCCAGCUGUUGCUUGCUGUACUCAUCCUGUAAUUUUAUGUUAUAUUUUUUGAUUUCCAACAUGAUGCAUUUGCACAAGUAACACGAAUGUGUACUUCAGAUGUCCGUGUACAUAUUUAGUAUAGUCCUGGUGACAAGGUGUCAAAUUUGAUCCUGGAGAGGUAAAUACAGUAUAUUUGUAUGAACAGAUAAUGCAUAUUUUUAUAUUCAAACUCAUGUAAGUUUUUUUUAACUUAAUGUAAAGCAGUCACACAAACUUUAUCUUUGUUGAUCUUAUCAAAACACAUAUUUAGCACCUUGUAUCAACGAUUUAGAUGACAAGAUGAUUUCACCCUCAUUUAUGUCCUUACAGUCGACCUCUGGUAUUCGCAGAGGUUAGGGACCACAGCCACCCUCAAAUACAAAUUCUCUAUUUGUUAUGAGUGCUCAGUUAUGAGCAGCUGCUGAGGUCCGUUCUCGGUUUUUAGUCAAUUUCUGAUGAAGGAAAAAAUAAGAUACCAUGUACACGGUUAGCAUAAAGACUGCCAGUGUGAGGUAACGGUUAACCUGUGAUUACAGAGAACAAUAACUAACAUGAUUGAACAUUUUUUGUUUAAACUAAUAACAGCACAUGGUCAUUAUAGCUGUCUCACAUAAAGAAGGUCCUGGGUUUGAAUCUUG